CAAAUGACGGGAUAAAUAAAAUCAAGCAUACAGCAACAAAAUGUGAUUAGCUUGAAAGACGCAAAACGAAAGAACGAACUCUUCUUACUGGUUCCUUUGAUUGACUGAGGAAACGCAAGACGCACGUCCAUCUGCCGAAUCUGACAAUAAUGUACGAUCUCGCACAGUGAUGUUUGCGGUGCUUUUCAUUGAUGUUUGUGACGUGACAGAAGCAAAUAAUCACGAAAAAUGUCUGUAGCUCAUCGUUUAAAGGAAAAAGAACGCACCCAUGAUGUACUUAUUACAGAGUCCGUUGACUUCGCGGGACUUCUGUUAUCGAAGCCCGUGCUGGAAGGACUCAACAAUGCCGGGUUUGAAAUGCCCUCUCCUAUACAACUAAAAGCCAUUCCGCUUGGACGUUGUGGCUUAGACCUAAUUGUUCAGGCGAAGUCUGGUACUGGAAAGACCUGUGUGUUCACAGUUGUUGCCUUGGAGAGUAUAGACUCGACUACAGCUUGUGUACAGACACUCGUCUUGGCGCCUACCCGAGAAAUUGCUCAGCAGAUCCAGUCAGUUGUGAACACAAUAGGCUCCACCAUGGCUCAGCUCAAGUGCCAUACAUUUAUUGGAGGCAUGCCUGUCCUACAGGACAAGAUUCUUGCCAAGAACUGCCACAUUGCUGUUGGCACUCCAGGUCGUGUGAAACAGUUGAUUGAGAUUGGAGCUCUGAAGACAAACAGUAUUCGGCUCUUUAUUCUUGAUGAAGCAGAUAAACUGCUAGAAGAAGGCCACUUUCAGGAGUCCAUUAAUUGGAUAUACUCAAGUCUACCUGAGAACAAGCAGAUCCUCGCCCUGUCUGCCACUUACCCGGAGUACUUGGCUCAUCACCUGACUUCCUACAUGAGGAACCCGACGUUUGUCCGGCUCAACAUCACAGACCCGGCCCUGAUUGGCAUCAAGCAGUACCACGUUGUUGUCCCCAACCAUCCCCUAGCCAAUAUUGUGUUCAAAGCCAAAACUGAUGUGAUCCUGAAUAUUCUGAACACAGUGGCUUUCCAACAGUGUCUCAUUUUCUCCAACAUGCAGACCCGGGCACAGAAUUUGCAGUCAGAGCUGGAGAUGAGGAACUGGCCCACGGCCUGUAUUGCUGGCUGCCUAGAUCAGAAAGAAAGAACUUUUGCCAUGGAGCAGCUGAAAACAUACAAGUGUCGCAUCCUCAUCUCAACUGAUCUGACGUCAAGGGGAAUAGAUGCAGACAAAGUGAACCUGGUCAUCAAUUUAGACGUUCCCCAUGACUCUGAGACGUAUUUGCACAGGAUAGGCAGAGCAGGACGCUUUGGUAGCUACGGGGCAGCCAUCACAGUUGUGAGCGCAGGGGGUCAGGACAAGGAACUGUGGGCCGUGGAGAGGAAAUGCAAGACGCACAUCCAGAAACUUCCAGAUCCAAUUCCCCAUGACCUGGCCACUCGGCCUGUGGCAGUCAACCUGGAAGAUGUGGUCAGCACUCAGCAGAUCAUCACCCGCCCAGAGUUAGCACCUGACAGUCUGGCAGGCGCUGUGAAUGCUGCUCCUGUGACUGAGAGGAAGGCUGAUGGUGCAGGGACUGUUAGGAAUGCUACCAUGAGUGUUGUUGCUGAAGAGGAUGGAGAUGGACGAGGGGACAGGGUUGAUGCCAACUGCUCCUCUGAUUUAUUAUCUGAUGAAUCUAAAACAAAAGAUGUCGCUGACUGCUCUGAAGCUGUCAAUCAGUCUGCUUUGACCAGUAAUGCAAAGAUACAAAAUGUCACAGACAACGCUAAAGCUGUCCACAAAACUGAAGCUAAUAAUCGUUCUGCGGCGACCAAUGCGGAAGAAGAACAAAUCUGUGGUCCUACGAGUUGUGAUCAUGGGGAAACUGUUGACAAAGGAUGUGUAGAUGCUGAACAAAUUUCUGUGGUGUUGGAGGAAGAGAUUUCAGCAGAGGUUUUGGAAGGCCGUUCCACAUGUGACGAUAAAAAUACUGGUCAGUCGCAGGUGCCAGGAAUGGAUUGUGCAAAAGUGACAAGGGAUCCUGGCUCAGAGGUUCCGUCAAAUGAUGAAGCGGUUAAGGAAUGCGAGGAAGGAACAACCGCUUUUUCUGUGGAUCUCUCGCCUUGUGUACCUGCAGAAUCCAAUGAGGUGAAUAGGGCUUCUAUACAAGAAACUGCAUUGCUGCUUACAGAUGAAGAAAGGGCGGCAGGCAGAGUGUGCGACGAUGCUGUUAACCCUUGUGACACGGAGAGUGCAGAGAACUGUGGCAGCGGCUGUGAGGAAGUGGCUAGAUUUAUUGACACUGUAGCCGCUGGAAUUGAGAAAGAUGCAGUUCUCUCUGCUGCCUCGUCAUUGUGUGUUUCUCAUGAAGAAGUUGAUGAGGAUGCAGCAUCUCAAAGUAACCUUGAGGUCAGUGAGCUGCAGAAAAGUGCAACGCUUGAUGAUGUCAGUGAUAGUGGGUGGGUGGGAUCAAAAGAUUCUCCUGUGACAGACUCGCACAAACAUUCAGACCCAAACCAUCAUGUAGAAGAAACCAGCAAGGUUGAGUCGUACUCUGAAACACUUUCUCAGGAUAUUCUUACUCAAGUCAUGAAUGCGACCAAAGGUUUGAAACAGAUCAAGUCAAGAGCUUUGUUAUUGAUCGGCUCCACGGCUGAUACAGAGGAUAAGAGGGUAACCAAACAGUUUUCAUGUGGAGCAGAAAAUGAAAAUGCUCAGAGUGCCCUUAAUCUGUCCACUGAUACACGUGAGCCAUCUGUGAAAAUAGUAUUGAGCAAAAAGCCCCAAGUUGACGAACAAAGCAGUAAAGUCAUCUUCAAGGCCACAUCUGAUGAGGCUGAGGUCAGCGUUUCUGCUGAUGACAAAUCUGGCAUUUCUGUUGGAGAGGAUUUACGUCCUGAACAAAGUCCCAAGGCUUGCCUCUCAGAUCAGAAGCAGACUACCACGGAAGGCAAGGUGGAUUUGCCAAAAUCCUCACCAAAAGAGAGUAAUAAAUGGGAGCCGCACAAAAAAAUGCCUCGGUCGUUUGCUGUGGCAGAUUUUCUAAGACAGAUCAAUGAAGAGUAUCGACAGAUGCACUCUAUGAAGGCUGAUGAGAAGUCUUUGAGUGAACAAAUUCAAGGACAAGAGAAUCAAGAUGUGAAACAUGCUGGGGAUGGAAAUGAAAUGAAAGUCAGAAAAGGGGAGAAUUGUUCUCUUGUGGAGGGGAAUAAAACACAUUUAGAAGUUGAGAGAAGUUCGGAGACAAAAAAUAGAAUAAGUAAUGUGUCAGUAGACGAAAGAAACAAAAUGAUUCCAAAUGUGCAAGACCUUUCAAACAAAGAGGGAAAUGUUGACCGUGAAUUUGAUAGAGAUCCUCAAACUCCGCAGGGUUCUUCAGUGUGUGAGAAUAAUCCUCCGCAGAGUUCAGAGGUUGGGGUUCUUGUGGUCAGUGAAGAACAAGUUAGCAAUGCUGGAAAUGACCAGGCUGUGUUGCUCUCUAAAAAGGUAGAUUCCUGUCUUACAGAUGGCAAUGUUUCUUUAAUAACUGUUUGUAGCUCGCAGGAGAAAGGUGAAUUGCAAGACAGUGGAUCGUCCUCGCUUGAGACUUUUCAACUUUGUGAGGAGAACCGGGGACAGUCUUUAUGUUUGCCACAAGAUGCUGGCACUCAGGAGACUGAUUCGAGCUGUGCAAAUAUUUCUGUCAAGAGCGUAACUUGCGAUGAAUUUACAGAAGCUGACAGAGGGAAAUUAAGGUCGGCAUUUAACUCUCUUUUACUUUAUGGAGCAGGUAAAAAACAGUUGACUUUUGAUGAUUUUCAAAAAGAGAGAGGUGAAUGUGAUGAAACAGACAGUAAUAAUUUUGCGGAACAAGAUCCUUUCUUGCAUUUAAUGAGAGGCACAGAUAAAGUUUUAAGAGAAAAUCAAAUUGAUGAGAGACUAGAGAGGAUGAUUCAACAAGAUUAUAUGAAAGUACUGGAGAAACAAAAUCAAUUUUAUGAGAAAUUAAAGACUGUUGAAUUGCCAGUAAAAGAUUCCGAAUCUGCUGAUAAUUCAGAUGGUCGUAAAUCAACUAAUAAAGCAGGGUCAGCUGACAAGGGGCUGAAAUCUGAUGUUCAUGAUUCUUUGGGGACGAAAGGAUUUUGGUCCUCUUCAAGAGGAAAGAAAAGUGGGAAGGGAGGAAAAGGCAGACCUUCAGAUUCCCUCAACUGGAGGAAACCUAAGGAGGAAGAAGGUUCUGAAGAUGGGGGCUUGAACUGGCGAGAUGGGGAGGACAACCAAAGGAGGAGGCCAGGAUGGACCAAACCUGGUGUGUCUAGUUCGUCAAAUAAAUCUCAGGUGCCACAGGACAACUCAUCUUUGGAAGGGGAGACUCUGGGGAUUGACAAAGGAAAAGAGAAAGAUGAUGAUAAUGUAAAUGAUUUAAAGGAUAAAAUUGGGGAUAUGGACAAGAACAAACUUUGUGAGGUGGAUAAAGACUUUGGAAUGAGCACAGUUCAAAGUAAGGAACACAAGGACACUGCCGACUUCCAAAAUGAGAAAAGACGAGGAAUGGAUGAAGAGUGUGCGUUACUGGAUCAGAUGCAUGAGAGUAUGUUGAGAAAACGGAAAGAAAGAAAAAGACUGGCUGGAUCACAGGUGGAAACUGCUGCGAAAGAUCAUAGUAGUUUAAGAGUAGUUAGUGGUCAGGAGGAAACGGAUUUACCCUCUUCGAUGGCAGACACAGUUUCACGUGAGAGAGGUUCGCUCGGUGAAAGCCGCAGUGGGUUGAUGUCUUCAGAGUCGGAUGCACAGCGUCCUGAUAACGACAGUCAGGAUUCUAGUGUGAAGGAGACAAACAAGACUCUUCAGACUGGUGAGAGCAGCUUUAAAGCAAGUUUUGAAGGGGGUGGUAGAGUACGUGGUAGCUCAGAUACGCGUGUGGGUGGUACUGAAAAAAUGGAAAAUUGUAGCUCUGCAAAGAUAACCCUGAGUGAGAAAGCAAUGUUAAACUACACGGAGUUAGGAGCAGAGAAGAGUUUCAAGGCAACUUCUCAAGCCAAGGAAAAAGAAAGAUGUGAGGAUGAUAGUGUAGAAAGUUCCCUUAAAGCUUCAAGAUCGUCAAUUUUCUACACACCAGACAUUCCCACAAAGCCAUCCAAGUCGGAGGCUCGACUGGCCGGGAUUGAAGUGUCCGAUGGUUCCACCUCCUCUACGUCAGGCGUAACACUCAGUUCAACGUCAGACAUUUCUGAUUUGAAUUCAUCUGACAAUGAAAUAAUCAGUGACAAGUCUGCGCCUCAGUGUUAUGCUAAUAAAUAUGCUGAGGAUCUUCAAAGAGUUAGAAAUGUUGGCUACAGUAGGGAUGGUGUGAAGGGAAGAAAUGUACUCUCAACACAACGGUCAAAGACUGCUCAUUCUGAUAACAGAAAACUGCCACAUGUAGACAAUGCUGUGUGUCACAAGUCUCAUGGUAACGUAGCUCAGUUUUCAAAACCUAUGGCACCCACCAAGAGUAAAUCUGAAAGGUCGAAAAGAAAAGAUAACUCCACUGAGAACAAUUCAUCAAUAAACUACUCGCGACAGCGUCAAGUGCUUGAUCUGUGGGGUGACAAUUCUCGGUAUAGGGGCACAGAAGUAAAAACCAGUGGUCCGCGGCAUGAGAGAAGUAGCGUAGCAGAGAGAAGAAAGAAGAGUCAUUUGAAAGAUUACUCUAAAGAAAUAUCUUCAGUCUCCUCUUGGUCUAGUGAAGAAAAUUCUUCAAGUUGUAGUAGCGAUGUAGAAAAUGUAACCCCUGACCAUUUUGAGCAGUAUUACGGCAGCAUGCAUUCCUCCUGGCAAGUAUGGCCACAACAACCUAGCUACGCAGCCCCUUUGCCCAUGCAAGGACCAAGUGAUUAUGUGCCAAAUUCAAAUUAUCCACAGAUGCAGCAAUAUCCAUUGUAUCCCUCUGUCUAUCCAUUUCCAUAUCCUCAAACCUUUCCCCAAGCGUUGCCUUACGCCCCUGUCUUGCCAGCUCACCCCGCCCCUCCCUCCUCAAGUCUUCCAUGGUACGGAUGUGUUCCCGGACCUUACCAAAGCCAGCCUUACUCAAAAGGGUAUUACCAGCCUCCUGCUUUUGCCCCACCUGUCCGUCACCCCCAUACAGCUUAUCCAUUGGGGCCGUCAUAUUUUAUUACCUCACAGGUCCAGAUCCAGUACGUGAGACAUAUGACCAGAGCUUUGAGAUAUCUGAGAAAGAAGCAUGGGUUGACCAGAGAGGAAGAAUGAUGAUAAUAUAAUGUAAAGGCAUAGAGCUUGCUGUCAAGCGGCAAUAUGUGCUAUACAAAUACUAUUUAUUAUUAUUAUUAUUAAAUGAAUGGGUAAUUGGCUCUUCAGCUGUGUUUAAUGUUAUGAAAUGCACUUUUUCCCUGGACAAUACUGCCGUAAGCUGUCAAAAUGCCUUUUUUUUUCAUUUUGGCACCAAAUUAUUUUUGGGUGCUAAAUCAAAAACCUGAUCAGUUACCCUACUUGUGUGGAAAAAAGGUGAAGUGAAACUGUGAUUAGUUGUUUUUAAUAAAUUAGAAUUCAAAUUUCGGAAGAAGGCCUUUUGUAAAUGCUAACAAAAAGCCUCUCUAUCUCGAAACUUCUGUGAAUCGAAAAAAAGGUGUUUUGUCAGCUUAUGGCAUAAUAAUGAGUGGGUGCAUUGUUUACUCUGUUGGUGGCUUUCUGGACUGCUUUUUUGGAGAAACCUGGAAGAAUUCCGUACCUAUUUGUAUGAUUAGUAUGAUGAGUUUGUUUGUUUGGGGGAGGGGGGGUUUUGUUUUUUCCCAUCUAGGCUUGCUCCUGCCAGAGAUGGACAUUCUGGAGAGUCAUUAUUAGUAUUAGCCCUACUGUGUUGAAAGGGGAGUUAAUAUUUCAGGAAUGGAUUAGUUGAGAGCCUUAAAGAGAUGCAUUUGUAAUAUAGUAGGGAGUCCUGCAAAAUGGCGCAAAUUUUAGUGUUUUAUGAACUCUAAUGCUCAUGUCAUGGUGCUACUCGAACUUGCAAAAUGAUCGGUUUUGUCUCAUUUUUCUUCUUUUCAGCUUAUGUUAAGUCUUAAUCUAUUUCAAAAUUAGACAAUUUGGAGCACUAUUGCUUGGUUUUGGGGUUGCUUCUUUGCCUCCACUGUAUGUUUAUCUCUUUUUAAAAGUCUAGAGAUCAUUCUGAAGUAAACUCUGGUAGAUUGUGUGUUAUUGGAGAGCCUGCCACGGAUAAAGUGCAGACUCAGAAUUGUUUGUUGGUGUCAUUUGUUCAAGUUCAAGCAUCUGUAGAAGCUUAUAGAGCAAGUAGCUCUCCUUACCUUUUGUUUUGUGGUUCAUUUGACAUUGGUAUGAUAUAGCAUUGUUCUGGCAAAGCCUUGAAAUGUAUAAUGGAAUGUGAUCUCUGUGUACUCUUGUUCUAUUUUGCUGUUGUGAGGCAAAAGUGGGGAAUGGAAUGUGGGCUUGUAAAAUGUGAACGAAAUUGUGAAGAUCCCAACUACCUCACAAGGUCUCUUCAAGUAUUUGAUAGACUUUCAUGUACAAACAGUUGAGUGAUCAGUUAUCAUAAAUCUCUGUGUUGGCCUUAGCCAACAUGUCUAUUAGUAUGUUUGUCUUUACAUGGCUGUGUGAAAGCAUAUACUACAGUAUUACACAGAUAGCUCGAAUUCGUCGGGACAGGCCUCGGUAGUUCGAGGGAUCCGUAGUUCGAUCAGUAUUUUACAAAGAUAAAGAAGAA